UUGAGUCCAGGAAGUCUAGGCUGCAGUGAGCGGUGAUCGCUCCACUGCAUUCCAUCCAGGGCAACAGAGCAAGACCCUGUCUUAAAACAGAAAAUAAUAAGAAUACCAUUCAUUAUCUUCUAACGCAAACAAUCAAUGGAGUUUCUACAGACCGAGACAUACGUGGUGGCAGGACCUGCUUGUGUAACUGUUCCAUCCUUUGCAUUCGGCAGCGCCGAAUCCCCUAGGCGACCCCGCGCUGGCUGGGGGCACUCUUUUUUCAGCCAAAGAGUCUACUUCAGAAGCCGAGGCACUGGGAAUCCGGUUUGGGAUUGCCAGGCUGUGUUUGUGAGUCUGAGCUUGUGAGCGGCUGUGGCGCCCCAACUCCUCGCCAGCAUAGCAUCCUGGCAGGAGAUAAACUACAUUCAGUUGAGUCUGCAAGACUGGGAGGAAUUGGGGUGAUAAAUUCAUUCACUGUCAAGGUUUAUUGAAGUCAAAAUGUCCAAAAAAAUCAGUGGCGGUUCUGUGGUAGAGCUGCAAGGAGACGAAAUGACACGAAUCAUUUGGGAAUUGAUUAAAGAGAAACUCAUUUUUCCCUAUGUGGAAUUGGAUCUACAUAGCUAUGAUUUAGGCAUAGAGAAUCGUGAUGCCACCAACGACCAGGUCACCAAGGAUGCUGCAGAAGCUAUAAAGAAGUAUAAUGUUGGCGUCAAAUGUGCCACUAUCACUCCUGAUGAGAAGAGGGUUGAGGAGUUCAAGUUGAAACAAAUGUGGAAAUCACCAAAUGGCACCAUACGAAAUAUUCUGGGUGGCACGGUCUUCAGAGAAGCCAUUAUCUGCAAAAAUAUCCCCCGGCUUGUGAGUGGAUGGGUAAAACCUAUCAUCAUAGGUCGUCAUGCUUACGGGGAUCAAUACAGAGCAACUGAUUUUGUUGUUCCUGGGCCUGGAAAAGUAGAGAUAACCUACACACCAAGUGACGGAACCCAAAAGGUGACAUACCUGGUACAUAACUUUGAAGAGGGUGGUGGUGUUGCCAUGGGGAUGUAUAAUCAAGAUAAGUCAAUUGAAGAUUUUGCACACAGUUCCUUCCAAAUGGCUCUGUCUAAGGGUUGGCCUUUGUAUCUGAGCACCAAAAACACUAUUCUGAAGAAAUAUGAUGGGCGUUUUAAAGACAUCUUUCAGGAGAUAUAUGACAAGCAGUACAAGUCCCAAUUUGAAGCCCAAAAGAUCUGGUAUGAGCAUAGGCUCAUCGAUGACAUGGUGGCCCAAGCUAUGAAAUCAGAGGGAGGCUUCAUCUGGGCCUGUAAAAACUAUGAUGGUGACGUGCAGUCGGACUCUGUGGCCCAAGGGUAUGGCUCUCUCGGCAUGAUGACCAGUGUGCUGGUUUGUCCAGAUGGCAAGACAGUAGAAGCAGAGGCUGCCCACGGGACUGUAACCCGUCACUACCGCAUGUACCAGAAGGGACAGGAGACGUCCACCAAUCCCAUUGCUUCCAUUUUUGCCUGGACCAGAGGGUUAGCCCACAGAGCAAAGCUUGAUAACAAUAAAGAACUUGCCUUCUUUGCAAAUGCUUUGGAAGAAGUCUGUAUUGAGACAAUUGAGGCUGGCUUCAUGACCAAGGACUUGGCCGCUUGCAUUAAAGGUUUACCCAAUGUGCAACGUUCUGACUACUUGAAUACAUUUGAGUUCAUGGACAAACUUGGAGAAAACUUGAAGAUCAAACUAGCUCAGGCCAAACUUUAAGUUCAUAACUGGGCUGAGGAGGAUAAGUGUCUUUUGGUACCUAGGUCUAUAGGUUUACAUUUUUCUGUAUUACACUCAAGGAUAAAGGCAAAAUCAAUUUUGUAAUUUGUUUAGAAGUCAGAGUUUAUCUUUUCUAUAAGUUUACAGCCUUUUUCUUAUAUAUACAGUUAUUGCCACCUUUGUGAAUGUGGCAAGGGACUUUUUUUAAAAUUUUGUUUUAUUUUCUAGUACCAGCCUCAGGAUUUGGUUAGUACUGAUUUGUAUUCACUGUCACUUUUUCUCAUGUUCUAAUUAUAAAUGACCAAAACCAAGAUUGCUCAAAAGGGUAAAUGAUAGCACAGUAUUGUUCCCUAAAAUAUGCAUAAAGUAGAAAUUCACUUCCUUCCCCUCCUGUCCAUGACCUUGGGCACAGGGAGGUUCUGGUGUCACAGAUGUCCCGUUUUGUGAGGUAGAGCUGUUAAACUUGCACAUGACUGGAACAAAGUAUGAGUGCAACUCAAAUGUGUUGAAGAUACUGCAGUCAUUUUUGUAAAGAGCUUGCUGAAUGUUUCCAAUAGACUAAAUAUUGUUUAGGCUACAGGAGAGUUUGGAAUCCGGAAUAAAUACUACCUGGAGGUUUGUCCUCUCCAUUUGUCUCUUUCUCCCCUGGCCUGGCCUGAAUAUCAUGCUACUCUAAAUAUAGCAUAUUUCAUCCAAGUGCAAUAAUGUAAGCUGCAUCUUUUUUGGACUUCUGCUGGCCUGUUUUAUUUCUUUUCUGUAAAUGUGAUUUCUCAGAAGUUGAUAUUAAACACUAUUCUGGUCCUUAUCUUCUCCUGAACUGUUGAUUUUAAUUAAAAUUAAGUGCUAAUGACUAUU